UCAAUACUGUCAAUGGUAUUUGAAUUCGAAAUUUGAAAAUUUUGUUUGUCAUUGUCAUCUUUGUCAUACUGUUUUGAGGAUCGGUAUUCAGUUUUUGGCAAAGUUUUGGACUACAGAAAAGUUACUUUGUAACAUAAUUAGUUUCAAAAAUGUCUCUUGCGAUUAGGCCUUAUUAUCCUGAUUAUUCCACAGUACCAACACAGCAUCAUUUUAAUCCUUAUGCCGAUAAUGGAGGGAGCAUAGUUGCUAUCGCCGGUAACGACUUUGUAAUUAUUGGAGCUGAUACACGUCUUAGCGCAGGAUUCUCUAUUUAUACAAGAGAGCAAAACAAAUUAUUUUCAUUGUCUGGUACAACAGUACUAGGAUGUUCAGGAUGCUGGUGCGAUACACUAACAUUAACGCGUAUUUUAAAGUCCAGAAUGCAGAUGUACCAGCAGGAACAUAAUAAAGUUAUGUCAACUGAAGCAUGUGCACAAAUGUUAUCAACAAUGCUAUAUUAUAAGCGAUUUUUUCCAUACUACAUAUCCAAUGUAUUAGUUGGAUUAGAUAAUGAAGGUAAAGGAUGUGUCUACAGCUAUGAUCCAAUUGGACACUGUGAAAAAGCAACAUACAGAGCUGGAGGAUCUGCAGGAGCUCUUUUACAACCUCUUUUAGAUAACCAAAUUGGGCAAAAGAAUAUGCUAAAUGUCAAACCCGAAUCGGUAACAAAAGAAAGGGCAUUGUCAAUUAUUAAAGAUGUGUUUAUCUCUGCUGCUGAAAGAGAUAUAUACACUGGAGAUAGCAUUUCAAUUAAUAUAAUCACUAAAGAUGGUAUUACACAGGAGACUUUUGAAUUAAGAAAAGAUUAAGGUUUACUGAAUUAAAUUACCUUUAUUUUAAAUGAUUUUACUGGUGAAAAAUUCCAUUAAUAUUCAAAUAAAAAAAUUACUGAAGA